GACCUUUGUUUAAUCACUGCGGUUCGCAACUAUUUCUUCUUCCCCGCUCUAUCCAUUGCGACCACCCCAACUACCAAGAAGCUCUGCGAAACAUCGAAGAACGAAGAGAGACAUCCGCGCACGACGUCUAAACCAACAAACUUUACAAAGUCGCGCAUCGCAUCUACAAAGGUUUCCUAGCAGCCAUGGGCUUCAAAUUCCUUUCGCGUAGCACUCUACGGGGCGAGAAAGCCACCCUAGGGACCUCUCUCGGCGCCUCCCUCACCCCAACAACCAUCCUGCGCCUCGUUCUGCGCUUCUGCCAAUUCGUCAUGGGCCUCACCGUCAUCGGACUCUACGCCGUGGACCUGGACAACGCGCGCAAGCAAGGGAAAUACGUCGACUCGAAAUGGGUGUGGGCCGUUGUAUGCGGUACGCUCGGUGCGCUUUGCUCACUCCUCGCCAUGCUACCGCUCAUGAAGGCGUGGUUCUUCUUCGCCGUUGAUGCGCUGGUCUUCCUGUGCUAUCUCGUUGCGUUUGGCAUCUUUGGGAAGAUGUUCAUUGGGGAGAACCCAGAGGGGAACAAGGGUAUCACCAGAAUGAAGAAUGGGGUGUGGGUGCUGUUGACGAAUAUGUUGCUUUGGUUUAUCUCGGCGGUCAUUGGUGGUGUGAUGUUCUGGAAACACUUCAAGGCAAGGACUACGCAUACUGGCCGUGGCGCUAUGCACGUCUGAAGGCCCACUCCUGUCCUGCCCUUCAUGUGAGGGACUAGGAAUG